GAAGCAGAUUUUUUUUUUUUUUUUUUUUUUUUUUUUUUUUUUUUUUUUUUUUUUCGACGAGCUUGGGAGUUGGUUUCAACUAUUCAAUAUGAUUUGCCACACGCACUUUCUAAUUUUUGUACUAUUUUCUAUGCUUAUCAUUUUAAUCUCAAAAGCUCAAACCCUUACCAACCUGCAGAAGCCCAUUAACAAAUCAAUUCCGGCAGCUUUCACAUUCGGAGACUCUACAGUUGAUCCCGGAAACAAUAACUACAUUGGGACUCCCUUUACGAGCAAUUUUCCACCAUAUGGCAGAGAUUUUCCGAACCACAUUCCAACUGGAAGGUUUACUAAUGGAAGGCUCGUUGCAGAUUUUAUUGUUUCAUAUGUUGGUAUCAAAGAUAACGUGCCACCAUAUUUGGACCCAACGCUUAGCCUCCAGGAGCUGAUGACCGGAGUUAGUUUUGCCUCUGCUGGCUCCGGAUUCGACCCUCUUACAGCACAACUAAGUCAAGUCAUCCCAAUUGAAAAACAAGUCCAAUACUUCAAAGAAUAUAAAGCAAGACUUGAGCUCAGUAUAGGAAAAGAAAGAACGAAGAAUCUGAUCGGCAGAGCUAUAUACAUUGUCAGUGCUGGAACAAACGACUUCAUUAUCAAUUAUUUUGCUACACCGUUUCGACGAAAAAGCUACUCUGCCUCAAGUUACAGUCAGUUUUUGAUGCAACAAUUCCAAAUGUUCAUACAGGAACUGAUUGAGCAGGGAGCUCGGAAAAUCAUGGUGACCGGAUUACCUCCAAUGGGUUGCUUGCCUUUAGCAAUCACCAUUUAUUCAGGAGACGCAUUUCAUCAACGCCAUUGUGUUGAAACCCUAACAUCCGUCGCUAAAGACUUCAAUCGGAAGCUCCAAAUUAAGCUUAAAUCCAUGCAAAACAAUGGCACCACCAUCCUCUACCUGGACGCAUACAAACCGCUGAGUGACGUGAUCCAAUGGCAGAGACAGUUUGGUUUUGAAGAUGUUACCAAUGGUUGUUGUGGGACCGGGCUUCUUGAAACAACAUUUCUAUGCAAUCCAGGAUCAGCUGUUUGCGUUGAUGCCUCCAAAUAUGCAUUCUGGGAUUCAGUACACCCAACUCAAAAGACAUACCACAUCAUCUUUCAGUCUAUAUGUUCAGUUAUUGAUUCCCUCAUUCAUAACUAGUUUUCAAAUUAAACAUAUUACUCGUUCUAAAAUAAUUUGUCCCAAAAUAAGUGUCUCUUACGGAAUUUAAUUUUUUAUGAGGAUAAUUUUUACUAUUUUUAUAAUGAAUGAAUUACCCAAUUUAUUCAUAGUGGAUC